UUGUGCACGUUUUCCUCUGUCAGUGGAGAGGAGGAUGACCUGGUCUCUAGAGGCUUUUGUCAGGGGUGGUUAUGACAGCUGAUAUCUGUGUAACAAACCUACCCCGUUUUCUGUCUUUGCUGGUUACUUUUGUCAGCUGCCCCAAAUUUUCAAGUCUACAAUGUAAAUUAAAAUGUAUAGUUGCUCCUUCCCAAAACUGUUUUCUUGACAUCUCUGCCUCCCUAGAAGUAUCCACUUCCCUGUUGCAUCUCCAGGUUCCUUUCCUUAGCUUGGGAUGCUAGUUUUGCCUUCUCAGAGCGCGCAGCCUUUUCCUGGCAGGAAGAGGAAUAAAAUGACCAAGUUCCAGAGGUGUUUCCACAAAAGGGGGGAGGUACCAUGUUCUGCUCCUGUUGACAUUCAACCCCCUUGGACUAUCUACUGGGAACUAGGGCAGAGGAGCCAGUAGUGUUCAAGGACGUGGCUGUGGUCUUCACGGAGGAGGAGCUGGGGCUGCUGGACUCUGCCCAGAGGCGGCUGUACCGGGAUGUGAUGCUGGAGACCUUCAGGAACCUGCUGUCGCUGGGACCCCAGUUUUCUAAACCAGAUCUGAUAUCCCAGUUGGAGAGAGAGGAAAAGCUUUGGGUGACCAAGGUCCAGCCUCAGAGAGGAGGUCAGCAUCAAGAUGAGAUGGAGAUGCUUCCAAGAGAGGGAAUAGAGUGCCUUCCCCUGGGAGAGCUUUCGUGCUGGAAAAUCAAGAGACAUGAUGUACACAGAUCAGCCAGAAGUCAAGACUUCAUCAGAAAUAAUCCAGAAAAGAGGUCUCCAUUCCCUAGACACGACUCCUCUUGUCAGGUGGGAGGAAGAGGAUCUGUUCUGGUUUCUGUGGAUGACUGCUGCUUAGUGAAUCCUAUAGAAGAUCAUUCCAGUAGGAUUGAAAAUCAAGACCUUCCAGCUGGGAAAGCUCAGAAUUCUUUGAGUAACAUGUACUUGAAUGAGACACAGAAUUACCAGAGUAGCUGUCAGCAGACUCAGACGAGGAACAACUUAUGUUUAUUUGCUCCAUGUGUUGACAUUGUCAGUCACAUUUCACACCACCAUGGUGGUGAUCCAGUGCAUGAAGGAGAGAAAACUCAUGACAGUGACUGUGAUAAAGACAACUUAAAGGCAUCACCUCUUGCCCAGUCAGGUACAGCUUGUACAGACCAGAAAAGUCACCCAUGUGGAGAAUGUGAGAAAGCAUUCAGCGAUGGUUCUAGACUUGAACUUCACCAGCAGGUCCACAUGGGAAAGGAGUCCCUGACAUUCAGGACCCAAGAGAAGGAUGCAAGUUACCGCUCUGCUGAUGCCCUUCAACAUAGUGUCCACACAGGGAAGAAACGCUAUUGGUGUCAUGAGUGCGGGAAGGGCUUUAGUCAGAGCUCCAAUCUGCAGACUCACCAGAGGGUCCACACAGGGGAGAAGCCUUACUCGUGCCUUGAGUGUGGUAAGAGCUUUAAUCAGACUUCACAUCUGUAUGCUCAUUUGCCUAUUCACACAGGAGAGAAACCUUACAGAUGUGACAGUUGUGGAAAAGGCUUCAGUCGCAGCACAGACCUGAAUAUUCACUGCCGCGUUCACACCGGAGAGAAACCUUAUAAAUGUGAGGCAUGUGGGAAAGGCUUCACUCAGAGAUCACAUCUUCAGGCCCAUGAAAGAAUCCACACUGGAGAGAAGCCAUAUAAAUGUGGAGAUUGUGGCAAACGCUUUAGUUGUAGCUCAAAUCUCCACACCCACCAGAGAGUCCACACUGAAGAAAAACCAUACAAAUGUGAUGAGUGUGGGAAGUGCUUUAGUUUGAGCUUUAAUCUUCACAGUCACCAGAGAGUACACACAGGAGAGAAACCAUAUAAGUGUGAAGAGUGUGGCAAGGGUUUUAGUUCAGCCUCAAGUUUCCAGAGCCAUCAAAGGGUUCACACAGGAGAGAAACCAUUUCGAUGCAAUGUGUGUGGAAAGGGCUUCAGCCAGAGCUCAUAUUUUCAAGCCCACCAGAGAGUCCACACUGGAGAAAAACCAUAUAAAUGUGAAGUGUGUGGGAAGCGCUUCAACUGGAGCUUGAAUCUUCAUAACCAUCAGAGAGUCCACACAGGAGAAAAACCUUAUAAAUGUGAGGAGUGUGGUAAAGGUUUUAGUCAGGCUUCAAAUCUUCAAGCUCAUCAGAGUGUCCACACUGGAGAAAAACCAUUCAAAUGUGAUGCAUGUCAGAAGCGAUUCAGUCAGGCCUCACAUCUUCAAGCCCAUCAAAGAGUCCACACCGGAGAAAAGCCAUUUAAGUGUGAUACUUGUGGUAAGGCCUUCAGCCAGAGGUCAAAUCUGCAAGUUCAUCAGAUAAUCCACACUGGAGAGAAACCAUUUAAAUGUGAGGAGUGUGGGAAAGAAUUCAGUUGGAGUGCUGGGCUCAGUGCUCAUCAGCGGGUCCACACAGGUGAGAAGCCCUAUACUUGCCAGCAGUGUGGUAAGGGCUUCAGUCAGGCCUCACAUUUUCACACACAUCAAAGGGUCCACACUGGAGAGAGGCCAUAUGUAUGUGAUGUCUGUUGUAAGGGCUUUAGUCAGAGAUCACAUCUUGUAUACCAUCAGAGAGUCCACACUGCAGGAAACCUGUAGAAAUGUGGGCUGUGGUAUAGCUUUCAGCCGGGUAAACAUCUGCAUCUUCAUUGGAAAGUCCCCUCAUGACUCAAAAGCUUUAAGAACUCUCCAUGGAAAAGCAGCUCUCUUACAGUGCUAUUUAAGCAGUUCUUGUUAGGACAUGAAUUAUUUACAAAGUCAGAUCACAGAUAAAACUGGUGUCUUCUAUAAAUAUGUUCAGUGUUUAUUUACACCAGAGUUCCAGAUGUCCCCAUUCUCAAGACAUGGCACAACAGGAGACUUGUUCUACUGCGUCUACCUAGGAGAGAAGCCUUAUAAAUGAAGAUUAAGAUUAUGGUUAAAGCCUUUAAAAGCAUGAAGAUAAAAUCAAAGUCGACUCCAACGGAGGCUCCCUGUGGGAGUGUGUGCCCACCACUGUAUCUACUAUGUAGAGCUCUGCUUGGCUCACAGCAGGUGCCCAUCAGUGACUGCAUGAAGUGGGGAAUUUCACAUUAGGACAAAUAUUUCAGUAUCCUAGCUGGCUCCUCACCCUAAUUUCACAGUAACUUAGACUCAGAAGAAAUCCUGCAAGUAGCCGUAAUAAUAAUUUCAAGACAAAAAAAAAUCAUGCAUUGCUGUCAUUCACCACAGUACAAAUUUUGACAAGACUUGUGAAUGGCUCCCAGAUGCUAUUCUGUGUCGUCAAACCAUCUUAGCAAACAGUGCUGGUGUGAUGCAUAAGGGCCCUGUGGUGGGUCCUAGGGCCCGUUUCAGUGCCCGCUGCUACAGACCCUGUGUUGUUUUAUUUAAUACAACAGAAUGACCUUUAUCGUGAGUGGGGCCAGCUCCUGCACUUGCCCUCACUUGCCCAUGCAGUGGGGGGACAGAAACCAUUCUGUGUACAUUGUACUGUUCUUUACAUACAGAGUAAUAUUUUAUCAUUAGUUUGUACUUUAUAGACUGAAAAAUACUGUUUUAUAUAUGACAUUGCAAUUUAUGAUUCCAGAUUUUAAAAUCUAACUCACUAAGAUAAUCUAACUCCAGCGAAACCAUUACAUUUAAUGAAAUUUCAAUCA